AUGUCGGCAGCAGACGUCCCCGCAACGGCGCCCACAGCGGCUGCCGCAGCGGCUGCGGCCCCGGCUGCACCAGUCUCGGUCUCGGGGCUCGAUGCGCUCUUCACCAACCCCGUCUUCGCCGGUGGCAUUGGGCUCGCCGGGCUGGGGGCUGCCGCCGCCUUUGGCCGCCGAGCCGUCAUCAGCGGCGUCGCUAUGCUGCGCCGCCAGAUGCUCGUGAACAUCGAGAUUAGCAAGCGCGAUCCGUCGUACACGUGGGUGCUGGCCUGGCUGGCCCAGCCCCGCGACAACACGGGCUUUCUCGCCCGCCGCCUGACGCGCCUGCGCAACCUCUCCGUCACCACCACCACCAAGUCGGUUAGCCCCGGCAGGGGCUCCGUCCCUGACGACGUCCAGGGCCGCACCCACGCCGACUUCCGCGUCCAGCCCGGCUUCGGCCGCCACAUUGUGCGCCAUCGCCCAGGCGUCUACAUUGCUGUCAAGCGCGAAAAGGCCAGCACCACCAGCACCGCCACCGGCGAGCCCCACGAGACCCUCACCCUCACCCUGAUGUGGCCCCACCGCCAUGUUCUUGGUGAUGUCUUCACCGAGGCCCAUGCCCUGGCCCAGAGCUUCCAGCAGGGCAAGACGGUCGUCUACACGGCCAGGCGCAUGGAGUGGGCCGUGCUGGGCAAGCCGCGCCUCAAGCGCCCCCUGGGCAGCGUCAUCCUCGACGAGGGCGUCAAGGAGCGCAUCGUCGCCGACGUGCGCGACUUCCUGGCCGCCCAGCAGUGGUACACAGACCGUGGUGUGCCCUACCGCCGAGGCUACCUGCUGUACGGCCCCCCCGGCACCGGUAAGACCUCCUUCAUCCAGGCCCUCGCCGGCGAGCUCGACUACAGCGUCGCCAUGAUCAACCUGAGCGAGGUGGGCAUGACGGACGACUUGCUGUCCCAGCUCCUGACGCAGCUGCCCGAGAAGAGCAUCCUGCUGCUCGAAGACGUCGACGCCGCCCUGACCAACCGGAAGCAGCGUGACCCCGACGGCUACAGCGGCCGCACCGUGACCGCCUCGGGCUUGCUCAACGCGCUCGACGGCCUGGCUGCCGGCGAGGACCGCAUCGCCUUCCUCACCACCAACCACAUCGACCGCCUAGACCCGGCCCUGAUCCGCCCCGGGCGAGUCGACAUGAUGGUCCGCAUCGGCGAGGCCACGCGCUACCAGGCCGCCCAGAUGUGGGACCGCUACUAUGGCGAUAUUGAUGCGGACGCGUCGGGUCGCCAGCGCUUCCUGGCGAGGCUCGCCGAGCUCGGCCUGUUCGGUGACAGCCAGGACCCGGCCGUGCCCAAGCGCCACACGUCGACGGCCGCCAUACAGGGCCUCUUCCAGUUCAACAAGGACGACAUGAAGGGCGCUAUCAGCAUGACCGAGGGGCUGAUUCCGCGCACUUUCGAGCCAGAGGCUCUCGCAGCUGACAGCUCCAUCAAGUCGCCGGCGUGA